AUGUAUUUCAUGAGAACAGUUCAGAUUCAGGAAAAGAAUAUCGUCACAAAUCACACCUUAGAUGUGAAUGUGAGAUGGCUAGCCGUGCUGUACUUCAAAAAUGGAAUUGACCGCUAUUGGAGACGUGUGGCACCACAUGCUCUUUCGGAAGAAGAGAAAUCUACAUUGCGUGCAGGGCUUAUUGCCAAUUUCAAUGAGCCAGUAAAUCAGAUUGCCACUCAGAUUUCUGUAUUGAUUGCAAAAGUGGCUAGACUGGAUUGCCCUAGGCAGUGGCCAGAACUUAUUCCUACCCUUGUAGAAUGUGUAAAACUUCAAGACGACCUUCGCCAACAUAGAGCUUUGCUUACAUUCUAUCAUGUCACAAAAACUUUGGCAUCUAAACGGCUUGCUGCAGAUAGAAAACUUUUCUAUGAUUUAGCCUCUGGAAUUUAUAGCUUUACCUGUUCCUUGUGGAAUCACCAUACAGAUACAUUCCUCCAACAGAUUUGUAGCAGAGAUGAAACUGCUAUGAGUAAUUCAUUAGAAAGAACUCUGUUAUCAUUGAAAGUGCUGCGUAAAUUGACUGUUCAUGGGUUUGUGGAACCUCAUCGGAACAUAGAAGUGAUGGGAUUCCUUCAUGCAGUAUUUGAGCGGCUAAAGCAAUUUUUGGAAUGCAGUAGAAGUAUAGAAGCUGAACAUGUCUGCAGGGAUCGUCUAGAAAAGACUAUAAUUCUGUUCACAAAAGUGUUUUUAGAUUUCUUGGAUCAACAUCCUUUUUCAUUUACAUCACUAAUUCAGAGAUCAUUGGAAUUUGCUGUGAGCUAUGUUUUCACAGAAGCUGGUGAAGGAGUUGUGUUUGAGCGAUUUAUUGUCCAGUGCAUGAAUCUGAUCAAAAUGAUUGUAAAAAAUUAUGCUUACAAGCCAUCCAAAAAUGUGGAAGAUAGCAGCCCUGAAACUCUAGAAGCUCAUAAGAUAAAGGCAUCAUUCUUCACAUACCCAACACUAACAGAGAUAUGCAGGCGGUUAGUCACUCAGUAUUUCCUGUUAAAUGAGGAAGAGCUAACAAUGUGGGAAGAGGAUCCAGAAGGCUUUAUUGUGGAAGAGACAGGAGGAGAUUCUUGGAAAUACAGUAUCAGGCCAUGCACAGAAGUGCUCUUCAUUGAUAUUUUUCAUGAAUAUAAUCAGACUCUUACUCCAGUUCUUCUGGAAAUGGUUCACACUCUACAAGGUCCCACUAAUGUGGAGGAUACCCAAACUCUACUGAUUAAAGAUGCUGUGUACAAUGCAGUUGGACUGGCAGCAUAUGAACUAUUUGACAGUGUGGAUUUUGAUCUGUGGUUUAAAAACCAGCUACUAGCAGAAUUGCAAGUCACUCAUAUCAGGUAUAAACCAAUACGUCGGCGAGUAAUCUGGCUAAUUGGACAGUGGAUUUCCGUGAAAUUCAAGCCUGACAUGAGACCUAUGUUGUAUAAAGCAAUCUGUAAUUUGCUUCAAGACCAGGACUUAGUGGUUCGUAUUGAGACAGCUACAACUUUGAAACUUACUGUGGAUGACUUCGAAUUUAGGACUGACCAAUUCUUGCCAUAUCUGGAAUCUAUGUUUACCCUGCUAUUUCAGCUCCUUCAAGAAGUGAGAGAGUGUGAUACAAAGAUGCAUGUUCUUCAUGUUCUCUCUUGUGUAAUUGAAAGAGUCAAUAUACAAAUAAGGCCUUAUGUAGGAUGCCUGGUGCAAUAUUUACCUCUCCUUUGGAAACAAAGUGAAGAACACAAUAUGUUGAGAUGUGCUAUACUCACUACUCUAAUUCAUCUUGUCCAGGGCUUAGGAGCAGACAGCAAGAAUCUUUAUCCUUUCCUGCUCCCUGUUAUUCAGCUAAGCACUGAUGUUUCCCAGCCUCCACACGUGUAUCUUCUAGAAGAUGGAUUGGAACUCUGGCUAGUAACAUUAGAAAAUAGUCCCUGCCUUACCUCAGAAUUGCUGAGAAUUUUUCAGAAUAUGUCUGCUCUUCUUGAAUUAAGUUCAGAGAACCUCAGAACUUGCUUUAAGAUCAUCAAUGGCUAUCUCUUUUUAUCGCCAUCAGAAUUUCUUCAGGUCUAUGCAGCUGAGCUCUGCAAAUCAUUCUGUGAGAUCUUGAAGGAUAUAACAACAGAGGGUCAAGUUCAAGUUCUAAAGGUUGUAGAAAAUGUACUCAAAGUGAAUCCAGUCUCAGGCCCUGAAAUGUUUCAACCUCUUUUGCCAUCUGUGUUUCGUGGAAUUAUAAGUGGGGAGAGGUACCCAGUUGUAAUGUCUACUUACCUGGGAGUCAUUGGUAGAAUCUUCUUGCAAAAUAAAAGUUUUUUCUCGUUGCUUCUGAACCAAAUGGCAUGUGAGUUUGGCCAGGAGCCGGAUCAACUCCUUGGUCAUAUGAUUGAAAUGUGGGUUGACCGCAUGGAUAAUAUAACUCAGCCCGAGAGAAGAAAACUUUCAGCUUUGGCAUUGCUUUCUCUUCUGCCAUCAGAUAAUAACAUCAUCCAAGAUAAAUUCUGUGGUAUUAUAAACAUUUCAGUAGAAGGGUUACAUGAUGUCAUGACUGAAGACACAGAAACAAGAACAUUUAAAGACUGCAUGCUGAUAUCUACUUCUGAAGAGCCCAAAGUGACAGAAGAGGAAGAGCCUCCCACAGAACAGGACAAAAGGAAAAAGUUGCUUGCGCUAAAGGAUCCAGUACACUCUGUGUCGCUGCAGCAAUUUGUAUACGAGAAGCUAAAAGCACAACAGGAAUUGCUAGGAGAACAAGGCUUUCAGGCACUCAUGGAAACGGUGGAUACGGAAAUAGUCACACAGCUUCAAGACUUCUUACAAGGAUUCUGAAUGAUCAAAGACAAGAUUUUUUACAUCACUUCAGUGUAAUAAGGGCAAACUUUGCAGCCUUCCAUCUGAUUACAAAAAAAAAAAAAAAAAGACUUGAAAAAGCUGAGCUGCUUUUGGAAAUUAAAGAAGGAGAGGCCAUGGUCGUGAUUAUAAGAUCUCUUUUAAUUAAAAUUGGUUGAGUACCCUUAAUCUGCAAAUGUGAAAACUUCCAAAAGGCUAAAUGUUUGCCACCAGCCACCCAAUUCUGCCUUCUAGGAGGCAGCUGUGGCGCUUCUGCUCGUACAUCUCUCAGAUCCUCAAUCUCUCUUCAGCUUCAUGUCUCAUGCACAACACAAGUAGUGGACGAAUGAGACGCAAGUCUCGAGAGAGAUGCACACGCAGAAAUGGUGGAGCCAUUGCCUCCAAAGUGGGCAGCUGGUGACAAAAAGAUGUAAGGGUAGAGAGAGACUGAGGAUCUGUGAAAUGGUGGAAAUCCAGUUGUGGUGCUUGGUGUGAAUCCAUGCCUCCUGAAAUUUCACAGUUCCUCAUGUCUCUCUCCAGCUUCACAAAUGCAAUACAGGUAAGUACUAUGCUACUUAUGUAUUCCAAAAUCCACAACACAUGUGUGGGAUAUAUGGAAUAGAAAUUUGCAAAAGAGAUCUUGUAAAAUGAGUGUCUGGUUUACUCUUGGUAAUGUCUUUGAUCUCACAAUCAUGUGGUCUUAUCACUUAAGGGUUUUUCUGCAAGGAUCUCAGCUUGCUUCAACUGCCUUACUCUCUUAUUUACUUUUAAAAUUCUAAUAAAAUGUAACACUUAAUGAGCAUUACAGCAGAAGGAUAUCAAACAACUUAAACAGUGUAAAUAUAGCAAUAUAAAAUAAUAGAAAGUAUUCUUAAAGUUUCCUCUAUGGGGAGUUGAACACUAGUGUCUUUUGCAUGAAAAGAGAACUAAUGAAAUUAUCCCAGUGUUUUAAAUUUACUGUGUUAAUCCAUAUAAAGGGAAAAGAUUUGC